UCGAAACAUCGUAGCGGAUAAAUGGCACUCCAUCUUGAUCGUUUACCCGCCGUUUCAGAUUUCUGCAGUCACAAAUAUUCCUGGAGAUUCUACGCCGAGUCCGUGACCAACGAGCUGUCCUUCCUAGGCGUGCAGUGUUCCUCGUGGUCUCGCUUCUUGUCCGGCGAGUGCAACAAUCACACCCGAGUCGUCAUGGGUUACGGCGCAUCGAGAAGAGCGAAUGGCAGCAUUUAUCUGAUGACGGCUGCGCAGAAUCCUUUCGGGCUGCGGGAGAAAGGAGCGCAAGUUGUUGCCGUGUAG